AUGUUCCCCAACCCGGCCGCCGCCGCCGCCGCCAUGGAGGAGCAGUUCCGGCAGCAGCAACAGCAACAGCAGCGGCUCCUGGUGCUCUUCAACGCCUCUUCGCUACCGCUGGCCAGUCUCUGGCCGCCCACCCACCUCUCGGCCGCCGCGGCCAGCCCCGCCCUCGACCUGCCGCCCGACGCCACCUUGGCCGGAGAGGAGGCCGGGACGGGCGGCUGGGAUGCGGGCUCAGCCCUGGGCGUGGCGGGCGCGGUGAGCCCCUGGGACAUCGUGCUGUGCGCCACCGGGACGGUGAUGGCGGGCGAGAACGCACUGGUGCUGGCCGUGCUCUUCUACGCGCCGGGCCUGCGAGCGCCGCCCUUCCUGCUGAUCGGCAGCCUGGCGCUGGCGGACCUGCUGGCCGGACUGGGGCUGGUGGUCAACUUCAGUGUGCGGUAUCUGGUGCAGCCGCCCAACGAGGCGGCGACGCUGAGCGCGGCGGGGCUGCUGCUGGCCUCUUUCUCGGCCUCGGUCUGCAGCCUCCUGGCCAUCACCGUGGACCGCUACCUGUCGCUCUCCAACGCGCUGACCUACCACUCGGAGCGCACGCGGACCUUCACCGCCGCCUCUCUGCUGCUGCUCUGGCUGGCCUGCCUGGCCGUCGGGCUCCUCCCGCUGCUGGGCUGGAACUGCCUGCGCCAGCCCAGCGCCUGCAGCGUCCUGCGCCCGGUCACCAGGGACAACGCCGUGGUGUUGGCCGUGGCCUUCCUGCUCCUCUUCGCCCUCAUGCUGCAGCUCUACGGGCAGAUCUGCCGCAUCGCCUGCCGCCACGCCCAGCAGAUCGCCGUCCAGCACCAGUUCAUCGCCAGCGCUCAGGCCACCUCCACGCGCAAGGGGCUCUCCACGCUCUCGCUCAUCCUAGGCACCUUCGCCCUCUGCUGGGUGCCCUUCGCUGUCUACUCCCUGGUGGCCGACGACUCCUACCCGCCCGUCUACACCUACUCCUUGGCCCUGCCGGCCGCCUGCCAUUCGCUCCUCAACCCCAUCAUCUACGCUUUCCGCAACCCCGAGAUCCAGAAGUCUCUGUGGCUAGCUUGCUGCGGAUGCAUCCCGGCCGGCUUCUCCUCCCGGCCCAGGACGUCCAGCGAUGUAUAGAGGGGGGCUGGGCCAGAGGCAGCUGGGAGCCAACACACCUCCUCCCCCCACCCACUGCCGUCCCACCCCCCGUCUCCUUCUGGAUGCUCGCCUUCCGGAGUCUCCGCGGGAGGAAGAAAGGAAAGACAGCGCAGAAACACGCGACCGCCGACUUUCUGGGGAAGGAAAGCCGAGGUCGAGAGGAAAGCCAUUGCAAAAGGUUGUUUUCAUAUAUCAGAUUUUGCUAAAAAGGAGACAAGACGAGAAGCGUCCGACUUUGGCUGGGGCUCCCUAGAAAAGGAGAGGCAGCAAGUUGGCCAAAGCGCCUCCCCGAGGGAUUCAGCGGAGAGGAAUUGCAAAACGCCUUUGCCCUUAAGGCCUUUCCUUGAUUUGUUCUAAAGUCCCUUAGUGUAAAAACCUUGAUCUCAGGAGGGGCGGGGGGAGGGGCCAAAUGGAUCCCGAUUUAUUUAUGUUUUAAGUAAUCUUUUAUUGGCGGGAGGGAUCAUUCUCAGUUCUUGUGAGAUCGCCCUUCAGGAGGGGAGGAAGGCAAUAAAAGUGGGAGCAGGAUGGGUGGUGUUUUGUUUUGUUUUGUUUGUUUUGUUUGUUGGUGGAAUCUUGCCCAGUUUUAGGGGUUGGGGUAUGGGUGGCUUGUGGGUGAAAAUGCGGCCCAAGCAGCCGAUCAGCUGCACCCUUCCGACUUCAGCUGGAAUGUAAGCGUUUCAAUGCUGGCUAUAGCGGACUCCUUUGCCGGGAACGCCGCCGGAGGGAAAGCCGAGGCCGUUUGUCAGGGAUGUCCUUUUUUUGUUUUUGUUUACUCCAGUCAGAUUUUUGUCUGCUAUGCAAUAUCGAAACAAUAGUUGAAAACACGCGCGCGCGCACACACACACACACACACACGAACAGAAGAUGCAGGCUGCCCACAGGCUCACGCGCGAUGACGACGAGCCGAGUCGGAGUGGGAUGACUCGAGCCAGCCAAAAUGGCUUCUCGUCAUCCCGCUUCAGCACCUCCGCCCUCGGACAGCUCCCUGCAAGCAGCAGGAGACCUCCGGAGUCCCCACCUCACCCCGCCAUUCUCAGCCCAGGAGUUUUCAUGGGGGAAACAUGAUUGAAAGGUGGGGUGUAUCUUGCGCAUGUCAGCCCAGGUAGAACGCAGGGCAAAAAAGGAGGAACCCCCCCCCCAAUCCUUCAGUAUUGCCCGUUUAUUCUCCGCCCUUCAGGAAGAUUGAGUAAUUUAUGGGUGGGGGGAGGUCUGUUGAGGGACUCCUCCCCCCAUUUCCAACAGUGCAAACCCACCUAGGGAGCUACAGGCCUAAAAGCACAUUAAAUUCAUAAAGUCUCACUAUUUAAGAUUAAGGCAAGCCCUUUUGUCUUUGGAGGUGACUUGUGAGAUAAAGGCAGGGGCCAAAGUAGGCUGACUUACAAUGGAAGCAAAGGGGGAGAACACGGAAACCACAAGUAGUUGCUAUGACUUCUUAACUACUCUGCCCACCAUCCCCAUCUGCUCUUCUGAUUCAAGGGUGGGCCAUUCCUCUUUCAAACUGUCAGCUUGAUUAAGUCCCAGCAUUGACUUGGAAAAAGAGGGACCUCCAACUUAGCUAGCAUGUUCUGUCAACACAAAUGUAUGUGUGCAACACAUCUGAAGAGCAUGUUUUCCUCAAUCUAUUUUCUCUGGAAUGUGAAAUUAGCAAAUUGCCUCCUGUCUUUGAUUUUAUUUUGAUUGAGGAAAGGAAUGCAUUGGGGCCAUUUCAUAAAGAGAGAAUGGUGGGGAAAAUAAUAUUUCACUGAAUUUAGGGCCAUUUCCUCAUUAGUGAUUCGAACUUCCUCAUGUGUCACCCAACCAUCAUUGCAACCACUUGUCAACUAUCUUUAGUGUCGUUAUUUCAGUAUAAGGACUGUUGGAGAUGUUGUAAGUCACUACAAGAGCCACAGUGGCACAGUGGUUAGUAUGCAGUACUGCAGGCUGCUUCUGCUGACUGCCAGCUGACUGC